AUGGCCACAGAUGGUGCCAGCGGAGACAGGUAUCUGCCUCCGCCCACGGAGUUCUUGUUUCUGCUGGCGCACGUGGAAGCUGCCCUCGGGUCAGGCUGUCUUGAGGAGGACGGAGAUGCGGAGAUGCAGAUUGCAAAGGCUUCGUCGUAUGCAAGGGCUCUGACAGCUCGGCUGCAGCUGUGGGACGGUUUGUCAGCUAAUUUGCUGGAGCAGUACCACACCAGAAUUGAACUGUUGAGCCACGCAGUGGACCUUGCCAAGAAGUCGAAGCUCCCAGAGCUCCCGGAAGCAGAGCUAGAGGUUAUCGGCAUGCAAGGCCAACCAAGCAGCGUCCACCGCGAGGAGGACAAGUCACCAUUGCCCGAUCACGCGACAGCCAGUUCGCCUUCCAUCUCCAAGGCGGAUGGUUCGUCUGGAUCCACUGCACCCCAAAGUGUGCAGAAGUUGCCGUGGCGUGCAGCAGGCCGGAGCUCCGUCAGCAGGUUUAGCUCCGCAGGAAGCGGUGCCCGCAGCAGCUUGGAAUCAGAAAUGUCAGAUCUUGCAGAAGGAAUGAAAGGUGCCGCAAACACUUUCUUGAAGACCUUGCAAAAGGACAACAAGCGUUUGGAGGACAUGCAAUCAGCGCAACAACGAAGUCUAGACAAUGUUUCGUCUCAUGCUGAGAAGGGCAAGAAGAUGCUUCGCUCUGGGCAGCUGAGCUUUCUGUGCACCAUGCUUCUGGUCGGAAUCUCCGUGGCAAUCUUCUGCGCCAUGAUACCUUUCAUUAUUUUUACUUGA